UGUCAACACCAUUGUUAUGAAAUAUAAAAAAAUGAAUAUCGCCUGCUUUUUCGGAAUUCUAAUAAUCAUUAUGGGCGACGCAAGCGCCAUAGAGAAGAACAAUAACAAAGCAAUAAUAGGACAAAGGAUACUCUUAAGAAAAUUGCAAAACUUCCAAAACACACCGAGAAACGACGGGAAAUCUGUAACAUGGAACGAAUUUUUAGCCGACGUAUUGGUGAAAAAGAUAUUCCAUUUUAAUUCAUCGGAGGAGCCAUUGGACGCGGAUAAAUCAAAUAGCAAUAUUCUCAAAGAAUCUGUGAGUCAGAUUUUAGCGGCGUACAAAUUUGUUUACGAUAAAUUUAGAGAAGAUGACGUGGACAAUUUGAAAGGAACUCACGAUCCGAAAGAUGAUGUUGAAGUUAUUCAGCCGAGGAAUGGAGUAGAAUCAUGUGAUGAUUGCGUUGCUGUAAAAGCAAGCAAAGAUACUGGAAAUCCUUGUGUAAGCGGUCAAAUAAAAAACGAGAAUGGAGAUUGUGUUGACUCGACACCUGUGAAGUUAAUAUUAUCAGUGCCCAAUCAAUGCCCUAUCGGUUAUAGAGCCGACAGAUUGGGCUUCUGCAGAAUCAGGUUUUAGAUAUCCAAAGAGUAGCAGGUGCUGGAUUGGGCGAAAUGGCAAGUUUAAUGCGCAAGGGCCGUCGUAAUUAUAAGUUGUGGCAUAUAACACGACGAGUUCUCUCGUAAAAGGGACAGGGUUUAUGCAGAAAAUAAACGGGAAAUGCCUUUAAAAGUGUCUAAGGAAGGA